UGACCUCACUUUUUCACCCUCUGUACACACACAUUCACAGUGUCGCGGUUGCUAGUGGUUUAAAACACCCACAAAAACAACAGCGAGUUUUCUCCGGUCUCUCACACAAUGACACGGUUGUGUUGAACACGGUUCUGUACACCGACAUGGCGGCGGCGCCGCUCACGAAGCGCUCGAGCGCAGAACACGCGCGGAGGCGCGCGGACCCCCGCACGAGGCAGGCGGCGCUUUCGUUCCUCAGCAACAUUUCUCUGGACGGGCGGCCCGUGCGCGGCGAACAGGACGCUCCCGGAGACCAGGACGGCUCUCUGGAAGCGCGGACGACACGCAGCACCGUCACGGCCGCCGAGGAAGAGGAGGAAGAAGAAGAAGAAGAGGAGGAGGAAGAGGACGAGGAUGAAGAGGCCCAGGCUCAGAGUCCUCCCGCGGACGCGCAGCUUUACCACGCGCAGGUCUUCGGCUCUCCGUUCGCUGCAGCGCGCGGCCGCCUGCACACGUUCACUCAGGGACUUCCGCCCUCCGCGUGCUGCAGGCAGCAGAGCUCGUGCUGCCCGGAGGGAGGAGGGGGAGGAGGGGGACACAUCAUCAGCACCUCCGCUUUCGACCUGCACAAGUCCAGGCGGAGGCUGAUCUCCCAGCGCUCCUCACUCGAGACUCUGGAGGACAUUGAGGAAAACGCUCCUCUUCGCAGAUGCAGAACCUUAUCCGGUUCACCACGACCAAAGAGCUUCAAGAAAGUCCACUUCAUCAAGAACAUGAGGCAACACGACAUCCACAACGGAAGGAUAGUCCUUAUCAGUGGCAGAAGAUCCUUCUAUAGUGUAUUUUCUGUCCUGCCCUAUCGAGAUUGUAGCCAAACAGGGGAUGGUGUGAAAGUGGAGAGCGGUCGUCAGCGUCACCCGUCUGGUGGCGUCAGUGCCAAGGAGAUGGUGAUCGGGCUGGAGGGCGUGGAGCUGGGAGCAGACGGCAAGACGGUGUCCUACAUGCAGUUUCUCUACUCUACUAACGUCCUUGGGCGCCGCAAUACCAUCGACUCCACAUCUUCCUUCUCGCAGUCUCGUAAUGCCAGCCAUCGCAGCCUCAUCCUGGCACGGGCCAACAGCCACCAGAGCAGCCUGGACACGGGGAACGAAGCGGGAGAUUUCAGGGAGUACGACCCCAACCUUCUGGACGACCCGCAGUGGCCAUGUGGAAAACAUAAACGUGUGCUCAUAUUCUCUUCCUACAUGACGACGGUCAUCGAGUACGUCAAGCCGUCGGACCUGAAGAAGGACAUGAACGAGACGUUUAAGGAGAAGUUCCCUCACAUUCGUCUGACGCUCAGCAAAAUCAGGAGUCUGAAACGAGAGAUCCGUAAGCUGGCGCAGGACGAGUGCGGAUUCGAGGAGCCCACCGUAGCCAUGGCCUUCGUCUAUUUUGAGAAGCUGGUCCUUCAGGGCAAACUCAACAAGCAGAACCGCAAACUCUGCGCCGGAGCCUGCGUCCUCCUGGCAGCCAAGAUCGGUGGAGACCUCAAGAAGCACGAGGUCAAGCUCCUGAUCGACAAACUAGAGGAGAGGUUUCGGGUGAACCGGCGCGAGCUCAUCGCCUUCGAGUUCCCCGUGUUGGUGGCUCUGGAGUUCAACCUUCACCUGCCUGAGCAUGAGGUCAUGCCUCACUACAGAAGACUCCUACAGAACUCCUAGCAGCAGCUCCACCCUCACCAGGAGAAGACGCUCCAUCUCUCUCUCUCUCUCUCUCUCUCUUACUCACAUACACACUCACACACACACACAAACACACCUCUCUCUCUCACAUACAGACACACACACAUUCUCUCUCUCUCUCUCUCUCUCUCUCUCACUCACAGACACACACACACAUUCUCACACAAUCUCUCUCUCUCUCUCUCUCUUUCUCUCUCACUCACUCACUCACUCACCCACUAACACACACAUCUCUCUCUCUCUCUCUCUCACACUCACAGGCACACACACACAUUCUCACACAUACUCUCUCUCUCUCACACUCAUUCACUCACCCACUAACACACACAUCUCUCCCUCUCUCUCUCUCUCUCUCUCUCUCUCUCUCUCACAGACACACACACAUUCUCACACAUUCUCUCUCUCUCUCUCUGUCUCUCUCUCUCUCUCUCUCUCACAGACACACACAUUCUCACACAUACUCUCUCUCUCUCUGUCUCUCUCUGUCUCUCUCUCUCUCUCACAGACACACACAUUCUCACACAUACUCUCUCUCUCUCUCUCUCUCUCUCUCUCUCUCUCUCUCUGUCUCUCUCUCUCUCUCUCACAGACACACACAUUCUCACACAUACUCUCUCUCUCUCUCUCUCUCUCUCUCUCUCUCUCUCUCUCUCUCUCUCUCUCUCACAGACACACACAUUCUCACACAUACUCUCUCUCUCACACUCCCUCACUCACCCACUAACACACACACACACACAUCUCUCCCUCUCUCUCUCUCCCUCCAUCCCUCCCCCCUACAGAAGCUCUAUGCACCUCACCAACUCUUUUAACCCGAGUUAAUUUUCUUCCUUGAUGAAAAACCCAUUUCAGCCAAAGUUUCUGGAAAUCCGAACUCCUGCUCAGUUUUUAUAGACUUUUAACAGACUGUCCAAGCUUGUGGACUGGAGAAUGUUUUUAGCUCGUCCUUUUCAUCGUGGAUCCUUUCUUGUCUCUUCGCAACUGUAUUCACGUCUUUGCCUAAUCCCGAGGGGAAGCUGUUGCAUGUUGCAUUGUUUAGAGCCUUAAAAAAAAAACCCCGACCUGGUAUACGGACCGAACUCCUCACCAUGACGACGACUGUUUCUCAGAAGGACUUUGGGCUCGUACCGUUUAUUAAAAAAAGUGCAC